CUUUAUGGUGUGAUUGACAGCUCAUUAGCUUAAUUAGCUAAUCGUAAUGGCAGCUAGGAGACCUGGGACCUGUGUGUCUUGAACUAUGCAAUGAAGGGCUAUUAUUGCAGAAGCCUCUCCAGUUGGCUGCAUUUUUCUCAAUACAAAUUCCAGAUAUCUUCAGUGGGCAUUUUAGCCACUCAACAAAAAGCAAAGUGAGCUAGUAAACAAGAUUUAGGGCAAAGUGCGGCGCAGCAUGGCAGCUCAGCACCAGGUAUGAAACGUCCGUUCAGCCCAUCAGCUCUGCUGAACACCGAGCUGGACAGGAGAGAGUUUGGUGCCGGGCUAGGAGUGCAGAUGGACGACGAACCUUGCUGCAACACCCAGAAUGAGGGUGCAGUACCAGAUGAGCAGACACCAGGGGGCACCCUCUCUUCUGCACUCAACAGACCCAAAAGGGAGAGAAAGCAGCGGAGCUACACAUUGUGUGAGGUCUGCAACAUCCAACUCAACUCAGCGGCACAGGCCCAGAUCCACUACAACGGCAAAUCCCACCAGAAGAGACUCAAGCAGAUCAGCAAUGGCAAGAUGCCAAGUAACACAGGUACGUCGGCCCAGGGCAGCCCCCUUCUGGCUUCCCUCCCUGUCCCAGGACGGCCUCUGCAGCCACAGCUCGACCUCAAACACCUCCUGCCCUUUAGACUCAAUGGAUCCUCUCCCCUCAGCCUCUUCCCUAACUUUAACGCGAUGGACCCUGUCCAGAAGGCAGUGAUCAACCACACAUUUGGUGUCCCUCAGCCCCUAAAGAAGAAACAGAUUAUCUCCUGCAACAUUUGCCACCUGCGCUUUAACUCAACGGUAAGAAACACUUUAGUGGCUUUAUGCUAUGCUGUUUAUGAGAAAGAUAGAGAGGUUGUGGGACAGUAAGAGAGAAAAAGAGACAACAUGCCAGACUGUGUAAUUUACAACAUAAAAGCAAUCUCUUCCAAAAAGUGAGUCUAGCCUCAGAGAACAAUAUCUCUUUGUUUUGUGCUUCUGCCAUCUUCUUUAAUGUUGUUUUUUGAAAAUAUGGCUGUUCCUCAAUUACCUCAGCUCUCAUCCCCACUGAAUCAAUGUGUUUGUAUGUGUGUGUGAAUAAGCUAAUGUCUGUAUCUUUGUGUGAAUAUGCAAAACAAGAAA